AUGAAUUCUAUUAUUGCAUUUGAUACAAAUCAAAGUACUGGACUUUGUCAAUUAUUUAAUAUUCUAAUGGGCAGAUGUGAUUUGGAAGCAAACAAUGUUUUGAUUAAUCAGCAAUUGCAAAAACAACCAAAUGUUUCAUUAUCAACAGUUUAUAAUACAAUAUACAAAUCAAUUGAUGAAGAAAUUCAGAAUUAUUUGUUGCCUAAUAUGCAUAAUAAGGUUCGUAUUCAGAUUUCUAAAAGUUUCUUAUAUACAGCUCAACAAUUUGAUGGCAACCUUGAAGAAUAUAUUAAUUUACAGGGAGAAAUUGAUAAUACAACCGAAGGAUAUCUUGAAGAAAUGUAUAAAAAACAGCAAAUUAACUUGAAAACAUUAUUGGAAUAUGUAGAACAGCAAUAUAUUACAUCUUUGUGGAUUAUUAGACCUAUGGUUUCAAAUUGGAAUCAUCAUAUUUUGAUCUUAAAUGAUGGAUCUUUUUUAUACACAUGCUUCACAAUUAUUAACUUCGGAAUACCUUGUCGACAUUUUUUUUGUUUAAUGAGAUAUACAAGUAAUGCACAAUUUGCAAUGGCUUUAAUUAAUCGUAGAUGGUUUAAUGAUGAUAAAGUUUUUGAUUCAACAAUAGAUACUUCAAUAACAAAAUCAAUUAAACUGGUAAAAAAAUUAUCAAAACAAAAACAGCAAUUUAUUGAGGAACAUGAGUGUAUAACAAAAGCGUUGAAUCUAGCAAUUAAAACUGAUUCUGUUGAUGAAUUAAUUGGGCUGUGUAAUAGGUUUAUGUCUUCUCAUAUUCAUCUUAAUAUUCAACAAACUAACGGAAUAUAUCAAAAUGAUCCCAAUUAUAUUCCAAAUCCAAUUGUAUAUAAAGUUCGUGGGCGUCCACCUAAAAGACUGAAAAGUGCAGUGGAAAUUUCUAGAAAUAAAAGGACUUUUAAAGAACUUAUGAAUAUAAAUCAAACUGAUGAACAAAAUGCAAAAACAAGUGCGGCUGCAGCUGAAGUAAAUCUUCAUUGUGGACAACGAAAAUGUAAAAAAUGUGGGCAAUUAGGUCAUUAUCAAAAGAAUUGGAUUGCAGGCAAUGUAGCAAUAACUGUUGGAGAUGCAUUUUUCCCUUCACGUGCUGAUGUUGUUAGAACUAACUUUAAAGUUGAAGAGCAGUGGAGACGUGCAGGUGGACGUCCUACUAAUCGUCCUGUUAAUGGAUUGGGAAAUCAUGGAGGUCCAUUUAAUGCUGCUGUCCAGAAUCAGCCUAUAAGGGCUGGGGGUAUUGUAGGAUAUGAUCAAAUCAUGGUUUCUCACCAGUUUUAUAGAGGACUUUUACCAGAAAAUGGCAUUGAAGCUUCUAAAGUUGGGGACGUAUCUCUUGAUGUUUUACUUAAUAGAUUGAGUGAUCUUGAGAGACGAAAGGGUGAAAUGUUCUAUGGGUUACAAAAAUGUCAAGAUAUUGAAAAGGCCAAAAAUGAUGAAUUGGCUGGCUAUAUUCAUCCUAUGACUCCACAUGAAUGUGCUGUAGUACAAAGGUCAACAGAUGUUAUUACUCAAGAACGAUUACAAGAAAUACUUAAGGCUCAGGCUGAGGAACUUACUAAGAAUUUCCAGGCACAGUUUAAACAAUUACAAGCAUCUAAGCCAGUUCGUAAGCCACCAGUCUAUAGACAACAAAUUAAACCUAUUCGACCAAAGCCAUGGCCACGCGUUAUCCAACAAGAAGAUGAUGAUUAUCCUGAUCCCGAUUGGGAUGAUCCAUUACCUGAUGUUGGUGAUGAUCCUGAUGCUCCUGCUUGGACUUUGGAUAAUCAUCAAAAUGCUAUUGAUCUUAUUAUGGGAUAUAAGCGUGGGACGUCUAAAAUACUUACAAAUCAACUUCAGAAGGCUAAAGAUAGACAUGAUGAUUGGGAAUUAGCCUGA